AUGUUCGCCGUUCCAGGAUGGUCGCUCUCGAGCGGUCCCAAGCGGGAAUCUGAGGUCGCAAAACCUUCCAACGAUUCCAAGCAUAAGGAAACCUCGACCCCCAAUGACAAGAACAACAAGCGCAAACGUGGAAAUGACAAUGUCACCCGUGGCAAUGUCGAUGAGAUGUACCGCAAGCACAUCGAGGGCUACACCCCGAAACCUGUCAAGCGCAAGGAUAAGAAGCAGAAGAAAGAGAAGAAAGAGGCCGACGAAAAGGUUGACGAGCAAGCCGAACCCGCUGUGACGAACAACACCGAAGAGAAGGCUCCCGCAUCAGAGUCACAAAAGGAUGAAAGCACACCCCAGAAGAAGCAGAAGAAGAACAAGAAGAACAAGGACCAGAAGGAGGGUCCUGCCGCUGCUGCACCUGCGCCCGAAACAAGUGCUCUGGCUGCACCUCCCAUAACAACGGCGACUCUGACUCCGCUCCAGCAGGCAAUGCGCCAGAAACUAAUUUCCUCCCGCUUCCGCCACUUGAACGAAACCCUGUACACGACCGACUCCUCCAAAGCUGUUGAACUUUUCAAUGCCAACCCGGAACUCUUCAGCGAAUAUCACGCUGGCUUCUCCCGCCAGGUGAAAGAAUCUUGGCCCUCCAACCCGGUUGAUGGCUAUAUCCAGUUCGUCCGCCGACGUGGAGCCGUGCAGCCUCCCAGAAGAGGAAACAAGUUGGACCCCAACAAGCCUCAGCCUCUGCCCCGCAGACCUAACGGAUCCUGCACUAUUGCGGAUCUGGGCUGUGGUGAUGCCGGACUUGCGCGCGCGUUGACUCCUUCCUCGAAGAAGCUGAAUAUCAAGGUGAAGAGCUACGAUCUUCAGGCACCGGAUCCUCUCAUCACCAAGGCAGAUAUCUCCAAUCUGCCCCUGGAGGAUGGAUCGGUUGAUGUGACCGUUUUCUGUCUGAGUUUGAUGGGAACCAACUGGGUGUCCUUCGUCGAGGAAGCUUGGCGUGUGCUGCGCGCUGAUGGCAAAGGCGAGUGCUGGGUUAGUGAGGUGAAGAGUCGAUUCGGCAAAGUGACGCGCAAGAAGGCGCAGAUUGGAGCCCAGAAGCCCCUUAGCAAGACCCAGCAGAAGAAGCUACCAAAGAAGAAGGGCGAUGAUGAGGAUGAAGACGACGCUGACAUCUUCGCUGAGGAUGCUCGCCCUGCGGAUAACAACGAUGAUACUGAUAUCUCAGCAUUCGUGGAGGUCUUCCGGACCCGUGGAUUUAUCCUCAAGCAGGAGACAGUUGACAAGUCCAACAAGAUGUUCGUGAAGAUGGAGUUCAUCAAGACUGCUGGUUCUACCCCGUCAAAGGGCAAGCAUGCUUCAUCUGGUGCUCCUGCUCCUGUUGCUGGGAAGAAGCGAUUUGUUGAUCGCAAGCCGGAUGCCGGCAAUGGCAUGACACCGGAGCAGGAGGCUCAGGUACUCAAACCUUGUGUGUACAAGAUUCGGUAG